CAUGUCUAUAGACAUUUGUCGGUGCGCCUUCUUGAAAUAAUGUUGCUUAAUACUUCUUACUGUGUAAUAUAGAAAUUUUAUUUAAAAUUAAAUACGUGUUGUUGUGAAUACUAUUUAAAAAUUUUUAUCAAACAAUAAUAAAAUCGGUAACACACGUUAUAUAGUCAAAUACAGUUGUACACGUACAUUUUCUCUUUAAUUAAACGAGAAAGUUAAUAAUGCAUGUUUUGAAAUUGACGCUUGCAAUCUUUAUGUUCUCUGGAUGUUUUCGACCACUUUCAUGGACAUCUCCGUUCAAACGGAGAGUUUAUAAUAUUUACAGAUUAUAUGUAAUUAGUAUGAUAUAUUUCUUCUCAAUGGCACAAUUUAUGGACAUCGUUUUAAAUGUUGACAAUCCUAAUGACUUUACUGAUACUUUAAAUAUGGUGACGACUUCGUCUGCUGCAUGUUAUAAGCUGUUUAUUGUAUGGUUCAAUUAUCAGAAAAUUGCAGCGUUAAUUAAUUGUCUUACUGAAGAGCCAUUUAAACCAUUAAAUUUGGGUGAGGUGGAAAUACGACAGCAAUAUGAUAGAAUAAUACGGAACAAUACGUUACGUUAUUCAAGUUUAAUCGGAACAACAUGUUCAUUCAUCGCCUUGGUGUCACUGUUCACUGAUUUUAGGCAUAAAAAGUUGACUUAUAGAGAAUGGCUACCAUAUGAUUAUUCGUCUUACAUUCCUUAUUGUUUGACAUAUGCUCAGCAAAUGAUAUGUACCUUCCACGUUGCUAGUGUGAAUGUAGCUUGCGAUGCUCUUCUAUGUGGACUUUUAAUGCAUAUAUGUUGUCAAAUUGAUAUUUUGGAACAUCGUUUAAAAAAUAUUUUAAGCAAUCAAUUUACUCUGGGAUACUGCGUGCGCCAUCACAAUCGAAUUUUAGAAUAUGCACAAGUAGUGAAUAUGAGAUUUACGAAAAUAGUCGGAUUUCAGUUUAUGGCAAGUACAAUGGUAAUUUGUUCCAAUUUGUAUCAAUUGACCAAGUCGACUUUAAGUGCAAAUCAUGUUCCAUUAAUUAUGUACACAAGUUGUAUGCUGACACAAAUAUUUAUAUAUUGUUGGUUUGGAAACAAAGUCAAAUCAAAGAGUCUUCAAUUAAUGGAUAAUAUUUUCCAAAUGGAGUGGCCAAUUCUAGACAAUAGCAUUAAAAAGAGCUUUUUGAUGAUUAUGAAGCGUUCAAUGAUACCAAUUGAAAUUUCUACUAUAUAUAUUUUGACUAUAGAUUUGAAUUCUUUUGUAGGGUUACUUAAAACAUCAUAUUCUGUUUAUAAUUUAUUGGUGAGAGUGCAAGAAUAAGCAAGAUAUUAAAAAAAUGAGUCAAAUAAAAUGUUUGUUUCUAUUUAUUUCGUAUAAUUAAAGAAUAUUAAUAACAUAAUUAUAAAUAAUAUUACUAAAAUUUACGAUAAUAAGACAGCUGUAGGUAACGUUAUUAAAAAAUAUUUCAUUUUUUAUUAAUAUCCGAGAGUGGUAAAAAAUAUAUGUAUAUAAACACCGUAUUUUAUAUUUGAAAGUGUUUUAAUAUGACAUGUAAAGCGGGUAUAAAAAGAUAUAAAAGAAAAUUAAAGUUUAUAUAUCAUUUUAUUGAA